GACACCGUCACUUCCUCUUUGCGACACCGCCGCCGACUUGACGAGCUCAAAGUCCGUCUAGGUCCAACUUUGGUCUCGCUGACGUCAUGGCGCCGCUCAGGUUCUGCGCCAACCUCAGCUGGCUUUUCACCGAGCUGCCGGACGUCAGCCAGCGGAUGUUCGCGGCUGCCGCGGCCGGCUUCCAGGCGGUGGAGGCGGCCUGGCUGUACGACUCUGACCCGGAGGAGCUGCGGAGGGCGCGGGAGGCCACGGGGCUGCAGGUGGUUCUCAUCAACACCCCGCCAGGUGACCUCAAAGCGGGGGACUUGGGUCUGGGGGCGGUACCCGGAAGAGAGGCGGAGUUCAAACAAGGCUUGGAUCAGACCCUCAAGUUUGCUAAAGCAUUGGACUGCAAAAGGAUCCACCUGAUGGCCGGCAGAGUUCCCGCGGGAGCGCGGAGAAGCGACGUGGCCAAGGAGAUGGAGGCCGUGUUCGUGCGGAACCUCGGCUACGCCGCCGACCUCCUCGCCCAGGACGGAAUGGUGGGCUUGAUCGAGCCCAUCAACACCCGGCUGACCGACCCCGGCUAUUUCCUGGACUCACCGCAUCAAGCCGCCGCCAUCCUGCAGCAGGUGGGGAAGACCAAUAUCAAACUGCAAAUGGAUGUUUUCCACUGGCAAAUCAUGGAUGGCAACCUGACACAGAACAUCAAGACGUACUUACCGCUCAUCGGUCACGUUCAGGUGGCCCAGGUCCCGGGCAGGAACCAGCCGGACAGCGCCGGGGAGCUGAACUACGACUACAUCUUCACUGUGCUGGAGGAGCUGGGCUACCGGGGCUACGUGGGCUGCGAGUACAAACCCCGAGGAAGUACUCUGGAAAGUCUGGCCUGGCUGCAGGACUACUGGAGCGCCAGGAAGUGACCGGAGAGUCUGGCCUGGCUGCAGGACUACUGGAGCGCCAGGAAGUGACGGGAGAGUCUGGCCUGGCUGCAGGACUACUGGAGCGCCGGGAAGAGUUCUGCAGAAUAAAACAACAAAGGCCAACUGGGGUUCUUUGUGGAAGGAACCAAAAA